GUCGAUUUGCCAAUCCAAGCAAAAUUCAGCCAAAUUAAAUCAUACUUGGAAAAAAUCCGGGCAGAAUCAGAAGCACCUGUGGCAAAACGAACUUCCAUCGCUCCCCCCCUGCUUCCUCCCCGCAUCUGCUCCUAGCCAAAUCGUCGACCACCUCGUGCGCUCCUGCACGCCGCCGUGUGGAUCUGGUGGGUGGGUGUCGUAGGCUUCCAACGAGCGGUUCUAGGAGCUCCCGCGCCGGCGGCGGAGGAGGAGACGGGGGAGCGAGAGGUGGCCGUCGGAUUCGUGAGCGGGGGUUAGGGUUCGGGGAAACCCUAGCCGCCGUGGGAUGGCGUCGUACAGGCCGUACCCGCCGCAGCAGCAGCAUCCACCGCCGCCGCAGGGCGGGUUCCCACCGCAGAUGAACCCGUUCGCACCGCCGCCGCCGCCGCCGCCGCAGCAGCAGCAGCAGCAGACGCCUUACGGCCGGAUACCGGCGCCGCCGUACCACGCGGCAGCGCCCCCGCCGCCGCCGCCCGGUCCACCGCCCCCGCACCAACCGCAGUUCAACUUCGGCCCCAGGCCCCCGCAGCAGCAGCCUCCGCCGCCUCCCCCGCAGAUGUACUACCAGCCCCCGCCGCCGCCAUACGGCGGGAACAGCAACCCGCCGCCUCCUCCCCCUUCAGCGCCGCCUCCACCGCCGUCCCCUCCCCCUUCGGCGCCGCCCCCGCCUCCACCCCUGCCGGUGCAGCCACUGCCUGCCCAGGCCCCACCACCUCCGAAGGAGCAGCAGCCCAAGGCCUCGCUGCCCAGAGCGGAGACGGAUGAGGAGCGGCGCGCACGGAAGAAGCGCGAGUUUGAGAAGCAGCGGGUGGAGGACAGGAAGCAGCAGCAGAUGAUGCGCCAGACCCAGGCCACCAUUCUGCAGAAAACGCAGCAGGUGCGUGCCGCGCAGCAGCCACAGAGCCGCCACCACCAGCCACCGGGUGUCUCCCGGGUAGCGGCAACUGGGUCUCGCCCAGCCUCAGUGCCGAAUGUUGAGAGGUUCGAGAAUCGGCUCAAAAAGCCAACAACGUUCCUCUGCAAGCACAAGUUUAGGAAUGAACUGCCAGACCCAAGUGCUCAGCUGAAAUGGCUGCCACUGAAUAAGGAUAAGGACCGAUACACUAAAUACAGGAUCACUUCAUUGGAGAAAAACUACAUGCCUAAAAUGAUUGUCCCUGAGGAUCUUGGGAUACCUCUUGAUCUACUUGAUAUGAGUGUAUACAACCCUAGCCCUCCUUCUGUUCAGCCACCCAUGGCUCCAGAAGAUGAAGAGCUAUUGCGUGAUGAUGAGGUCCUCACCCCUAUUAAACCAGAAGGUAUAAGGAAAAAGGGGAGGCCCACUGACAAAGGUGUUUCUUGGCUGGUCAAAACACAAUACAUAUCUCCACUCAGUACUGAUGCAGCCAAAACGUCCCUUACUGAGAAGCAAGCGAAGGAAAGGCGAGAAUCAAGGGAGGGUCGCAAUGCUUUCUUGGACAAUCUUAAUGAUAGAGAUAAACAGAUCAAAGCCAUCGAAGAAUCCUUCAGAGCAGCUAAAGCACUGCCUGUUCAUCAGACUAAACAUGGGAUGCAACUUGACUGGGUUAUGCCUUUGCUACCUGAUUUCGACAGGUACGAGGAUCCAUUUGUUAUGGUGAAUUUUGAUGGAGAUCCUACUGCUGAUUCUGAGCAGUACAACAAGCUAGAGAGACCCGUACGUAAUGAAUGUGAAUCCCGGGCUGUGAUGAAAAGUUUUAGUGUCAAUGGUUCGGAUCCUACAAAACAAGAGAAAUUUUUGGCAUACAUGGCCCCAUCACCGCAUGAGCUUGCCAGGGACUUGGAUGAUGAAAAUGAUGAUAUCCAGUACUCCUGGCUUAGAGAAUAUCAUUGGGAAGUAAGAGGAGAUGAUAAAGAUGAUCCAACAACAUACCUUGUCACAUUUGAUGAGGAGGAGGGUGCAAAAUAUUUGCCUCUUCCUACUAAGCUAGUUUUGCAGAAGAAGAAAGCAAAAGAGGGGAGGUCUGGGGAUGAAAUUGAGCAUUUUCCAGUGCCUUCUCAAAUUACUGUGAGCAGGAUAGCUCGUGGUGGUAUCAUGGAACAUGGAGAAUCUUCUGGCAUGCAUGAGAAUUUAAAGCGACAUAGAUCUCCCGUUGAUGAUGAUCUUGAUGAGCAUCCAAAGCAUUCUCGGGUAGAAGAUAUUGACCAAUAUAGCGGAGAAGAAUAUUCUGAGUGAUUAAUUGAUAAAUCGUUAUUAUCUUGUACCAACAAAUUUGAUCAGCACAAAUGAAGCUCCAAAGAUGUCAUAUGUAUAUGCUGUGGUGCCUUCAUAAGUGGUUAUAAGGUGCAUGCUUGAUGAAAGGAAAGAGAAUGCCUGUCAACCUGAGUGCAUUCGGGCAAGGACAGGUUUUUGAAGCGCAGAGUACGUGAAGCAAAGCUAAGUGGAACCGGACUUAAAAGACUUUGGUCUCCAUAGUGAUGGUAGGAAGUGUCACAUCAUUGUAAAGAAGUCAAGUCUUUGAAGUCUUGGAGUUCUCAACUGUUUGUUUUGAUAAGAACACCAUUUUUGCAUCUGUUUUACUUUUUCUUUCCCAUUUGAUUGUGUAAGUACAACAAUUUAUUUAUGUUAGGACGGACAGAUUGUACUA